GUCCUUCACCGCACACCGCGAGUCAUCGGCAUCACAAGGAGCCUGGCAUCUAUCAUUGACCGCAAACAGCCCCGCACAACACACCAAACUGACGCAUCCCGCAUUGGUGCAGAAGACCGCCGAGCCGGAUUCCUCGACGCAGUCAUGCGGGGGGACGGAGGUCAGUGCGGAGUCGGUGCAGCUAGCGCGGGAGAUGUGAGCUUUCAGACUGACAGACUGACGAGUGCUGCGCCAGCGCGGCUUACUUGUACCGGAACGGAUCGUAGCAGGCGUCUCCGCAGCGCAGGUAGCCGGUCCCAUCAAUCAGAGGGCACAGGUAGUUCCCGUCGACGCAGAGGUAUUUGCGAAUCCGAAUGAGCUUGGUCGAGAACCGCAGAGAACCUGGCGCCGUACCUCGUUGGGAUAGAAUCGAACGUCGCCGCAGGUCUCCAGCGGGUCUUGGCCAGCGAUCACAGGCUCCAGCAAGCUUCAGAGAGACGAGACUGACGUAUAAGACUUGGUCGAGUAACACGCGUAUCCGCAGCGCCGGAGCGCGUCCGCGUCGCUAGCCUUGUCGUUGUUAACGAUCGGGCAGAGGAAGUUGUCGUCGAAAUAGGUGUACUAAAAUCGCCUGUCGGAUCACUCGCACGAAGUGAACGCGCAGGUGCCUACUUUGGUCGGCAAGUAGUCAGAGUCCCCGCAAGUCAAAGUCUGCGCGAAGAUCCUGAGGGCCAGGAUGGGGAGCAGCGAGAGAACGAUGAGAGGAUGCAUUUCUUGUGGGUUGUGUGCG